AUGAUGCGCCCCUUAAAUAGACAUGUGGAAGGUGAGACUGUCUAUUCGUUUGGAAAGGUCGAGAGCAGACUUGGAGACGGGAAAUACAAAGUAACGUUCCGAGAAAAAGAUAUCAUAAUCGCCACCAGAGGUUGGCUCGACACUGGCACCUGGAUUCGUAUGUAUGGGACAUUUAAGUCUGGAGUCCUAAGAACAACCUUUGUGGGAGAUCUGGGCAGUGUCGAUAUAAAUCUCCUUGAGAGGGCCAUUGAGUACACAAGAGAGCGCUUGUAG